GGUGAUGAAGGUAAGACAUUUAUGAAGAUAUCCAGACUGUAUGAUCCUGAAGACAGCUACGUCCUGACGGCUCCUGCAGGGAAGCUCAUCGUCGUGGAGUACGCCAUGGUCGGUCGCCCCCUCUCGACUGCCCUCAGAGGCCGUCAGGGGCUACCUUCUGCUUACCAGGGCUGCUACUCCAGCCACUCCCAUCACCUCUUCGCACGCAGAUGCAACGGCCGCUCCUUUUGCCAGCUGUCUGCCCGGGAUCUGCGUCACGAGCUGGAGACUGCGUGCCCCCCGAUGAUCACGCCGGUCGUCGAGGUGCGCUGGUCGUUCGCGGACUCGGUCGAGGUUUGCACCGGCGAGGGCGAGUACCUCGACCUCGGAAACGGGAGGAGCGGCUGCUUCCUUACCACGACAGGCAAGCACGAGACCGCCUCGGCAGCUAGAGAGGAGUGCCUUCAGGGAGGAGGUGACAUUGCUUCUGCCGCAGACAUCAAGCAGCUCUGCAACAUCGCUAGUGAGAUCUCGACCGAGACGAUGUUGUGGGUCUCUGCAGACGGCGAUUUCUGGAAUUCGACCCGUUAUUCCGCUUCCAUCAACGAUCCCAGGCUACUGAAUCGCGUCUCUUGCUCCGCCGAGAACACCGCCGGCGCCGAAGCCCGGGGCCUGUGCGUGUACCCUUCCUACAGAGGUGAAGCUCAGAAGUACUGCAAGAAGGACGAACCUCGCCCGGACAGGUAUCCUGGCUACACCUGGAAUGAGACAGAGGCAGGACUCAUGGCUACCAACAAAUGCCCGAAAGGAUGGACUGGCUACGCCUCCAGGUGGUGCAGCAACAACGGCACCUGGGACAACUUCCUCGAUCUCAGCGAGUGCAAGAACGCAGAUCUGGGAGAAUGGGAAGCCCAGACAGAGAACGACAGCAUCACUGCCUCCGAGAUCAUAAACGGCGUGGCACAAGACACCGAGGAAAUGGAGCUCGCCCCGGGGGACAUCUCCGCUCUUGGUCACAUCUUUGAGCUCCUCGAGGACAAGCACGAAGGUGAUCUGGAUUCGACAGAAGACGCCGCUCUUCUCGCUGAGGAGUACAUGGAGGGAACGGCCGCGACGGGAGACCACAUGUUACGGGACCCCGAAUCGUGGAUGGAGUUGGACCAGGCAGUUCGCAGCAACACGAGUACGAAGCUCCAGGCCGGGAUCACCAGCGCCGCCAUUGCCCUCGCCACUCACCUCAACAACUUCACCAAAAACUAUGUUAAAGACAAAAUAAACGUGAGGGUCAGCAGCCACCCCCCUGAGUUCUACGAGGAGAUUGCGGAGCGCUCCUUCAGCUACCCAGACGGCAUCACCAAGAUUGAGUUGCCAAAAGGAUUUCAGACAUCCUACGUUGGAAUGGACGGACUUGUGCCAGUUAUCUUCAAUGCGUAUGAGGAUCUUCACUGUACUUCUAACAUCGUCCCAUGCAACCAAACCUCUUUAAACGAGCAACGACACCUGCCCGCUUCGAGUCAAGUCAACAGUAUCAUCAUCGGUGCAACAGUCGGCGCUGGGUCUUCUUGGAGGGCAGAGGGAAAUCAAAGAAUAUCGGUUAUGCUGCGCCAUCAGUACGACGGGACCGAGUACGAACUUGGCUCCCCGCGAUGCGUUUGGUGGGACGAACAGCAGCACGGAUGGAAUGAGACUGGGUGCCAACGAGUUACCUCCACGCAGACGUACACAGAAUGCUCUUGCGAUCACCUUACCAAUCUGGCGGUCAUCAUGGAUAUUAAUGGAGUCAUUCAAAAGGAUAGUACCUUGUACCUAAUAUCACAGUGGAUCACCAUCGUGGGUUUCUCCGUGUCCAUUCCGAGCUUGCUACUUAGCGUCCUAUGUCUUAUCUGCUUCCGGAACGUCCGCGCCCGAAAGAGUUCGAUCAUUCAUGCUAAUCUCUGUCUGAAUCUGCUAGUGGCGGAAAUAGUCUUACUGGCGGGUUUGGACGCCACCCACAAUGCCGUGGCGUGCGCGGUGGUGGCCGCAAUCCUCCACUACUUCUUCAUCGCCACCUUCACCUGGAGCGCCAUCGAGGCCUUCCACAUGUACCUCAACUUCAUCAAGGUGUUCUCCACGUUGGGAUCUCCGCUCAAGUACUACCUGGGCUUUGGCUACGGCAUCCCGACGCUGUUCGUCUCCAUAACUCUUGGAAUCACGCAGGGUCGUGGUUACGGGUCUGAGAGAGCGUGUUGGCUCGAAGGUGCACUGGUCUGGGCUUUUGCUGGACCCCUCGCUUUUGUCAUGGUGAGCAACCUGGUAGUCUUCUGGAUGAUCAUGCGCGUGGUGUGGCGUGACAAGGGUGUGGGCGACCUGCAGCACCGGAGAUCGCGCCAGCAGCUCCUCAAAAGGCUAAAAGGAUCCGUGUCCCUGUUCCUCCUCCUCGGGGCCACCUGGAUCUCCGGAUUCCUUUACUUUGCUGAAGCAACUUCCUUCAUGGCCAUCGUGUUCACACUCCUCAACUCUUUCCAAGGCGUCGGGAUCUUCAUACUUACGAUCAUAACCGACGAUACUAUCUUGACAGAGAUUAAAAAGCUGCUGGGCAUGAAGGUGGAUGAUCCCAAGACAUCUUACGCCUCGAGGAUGGCAACCACAGUUGUAAACUAAAAUAAACAAAUCACUUGACUUUGAACUGACAACGUCUUCGCAGGUCGAGAUAUUCGUUUGUGGAAAGUCAAAUGUUUUUGUUCAGCUCCUGUUCUGUGUCAUUACUUUAGAGGAGAGUGAAGUUAGAAUUCAGUCAAUAGAUUUAGAGAAUAAUUAAUCCAAUAUAUAGAAAUACACUCAUUUCAUAGCCACUAUAUUGAGAUAAUAAACAUUACUGAUGCA